CUGACGACUUGUUUACAAGCUAAAACCAAAACACGAUUUAUUGAAAAACAUUUUUAAAAUAUAAUUUUCUUAAUAAUAUAAAUAUAUAUAUUAAGAUUGAAAAACCUAAAUAAAAACCGCUAAAAUGAGUAAUUUUUCCAAACAACAUUUUGGUGAUAUAGAUAUUAGACAACUGAUACACCAUUACAAACAAUACGAUUGUUUAUGGAACUUUAAUAGUCCUGACUACAAAAAUAAAUCAUCCAAGCAGGAAGCUUGGUCAGAAAUAGCUAAUUAUUUUCAAAAAGAUGUCAAUGAAGUGAAGCGAAAAGUAAAAUAUUUACGUACAGCCUAUGUGGCAGAGAAAAAGAAAGUGGAAGCAUCAAGAAAAUCUGGCAGUAAUACUCCCUAUAAGCCUUCCUUAUUUUACUACAAAGAUUUAAAUUUUCUAGAAGAUGUAGUAGUUUGGCGUAAAUUUGGCAACGACAUGGAACAUAACGAGUUGGAGUUUGAAAAUUUUCAGAUUACCGCAGAAGCUGUCGAAGAUGAAGAACUUAUGAACUAUGUAAAUGAGGAAGAAGAUGUGGAUCUUAAACAGCCAACAAUUAAUUGCAAAACCGAGACCUACAUCGAUCCUGAAACGGAAUCUUCACCACCGCGACAAAUAAGAAGUACUCCUAAAAUUUCACAUCCACGUACUAUAGCAGCUCGGCCGCUUAAAAGAAAAAUUAGUCCUGAAACUAAAGUAAAUCGUUCAACCAGCAACAUUGUAACAACCUUUCCAACAGGCAGCAAUUCCCAAUGUAAAAAUUUGUAUAUAUCAUUUGGAAAAACUAUUUCUUUGCAGUUACAACAGUUACCAUUUGAUGUAGCGAUAGAGACAAUGUCGGAGAUACAUAAUAUGCUUGCGAAAAAUACAUUAGAACACUUAAGAUCCACAGCCGUAACAAACGGUCAUGAUUCGUAUACACAAUCGGAAUCUGAAGAUAGUUAUAGUGAAUUAAUCGAAGAAGCAUUAAAUGAUUCAAGUUAAAUUUUAAGUAAUUAAUUUUAGUUUUAAUCUAUAAAAGAGAAAAUAAAGUUUAAUAUGUAUAA